UAGAAUUUCGGGAAUCAUCCCUUCCUUCAUUGGGCGGCGUUCGAGAAGAAGACCAAGCUUUGCGCCGUUCUCUUCUCCGUGUUUUCCAAACCCUAGCUCUCGAAUCCUUGCGGAUCAGAGGAGAUCGACGGGUUCCAUGGCGGACCCGAGUAUCUUCGCCGGCGACGAUGCCAAUCGCAAGCUGGAACAACCGGGGAGGAGGCUCUACAACCCCUACCAUGACCUCCAGAUCCCGUACAAAAACAUAUACGAUCUACCGACAUCGCCGGAGUUUCUCUUCCAGGAGGAGUCCAUCGCUCAGCGCCGCUCCUGGGGUGAGAAUCUCACCUACUACACCGGCAUCGGGUACCUCUCUGGCGCCGUCGUUGGUGGCGCUCUCGGUCUUCGUGAGGCCAUCCGCGGAGCGGAGCCUGGGGAUACGAUGAAGCUCCGGAUCAAUCGUGUUCUCAACUCGUCUGGCCAAUCCGGCCGCCGGAUCGGCAAUAGGUUGGGUGUUCUUGGGCUGCUCUAUGCCGGGAUGGAGAGCGGGUUGGUUGCUGUGCGGGAUUCUGAUGAUUGGAUGAAUAGCGUGGCUGCCGGGCUCGGAACCGGAGCGCUGUUCAAGGCUGCCUCCGGGCCUAGGUCUGCGGCGGUGGCUGGAGCGAUCGGGGGGCUGAUGGUUGGUGCGGCGGUGGCUGGAAAGCAGGUGCUGAAGAGAUACGUGCCGAUCUAGGUUUCUCUCCUGAUCUCAAUUACCGAAAUUAUUAAUGGUGUGACUGGCGUCACAAAGUAAGAGGGAAUUGUUUUGGAAUAUUGAUGUGCAGCCAUCAAAAUGUUGCAACUAAUUAUGAAAUUUUGAUAUUGAUUUGUUGAACAA